AGGCACUUCCGCCCUCUCUUAACAUGGCGCCGGCGGAAGGGGCGGGGUAGGGCCGGGCGAUAAUGGCGGCUUCGAGGCUGGAGUUGAACCUGGUGCGGCUACUAUCCCGCUGCGAGGCGAUGGCAGCGGAGAAACGGGACCCGGACGAGUGGCGCCUGGAGAAGUACGUGGGAGCCCUGGAGGACAUGUUGCAGGCCCUGAAGGUCCACGCGAGCAAACCGGCCUCUGAGGUGAUCAAUGAAUAUUCCUGGAAGGUGGAUUUUCUGAAGGGGAUGCUGCAAGCCGAGAAGCUGACCUCCUCCUCAGAGAAAGCACUGGCCAACCAGUUCCUGGCCCCUGGCCGUGUGCCAACCACAGCCAGAGAGCGAGUGCCCGCCACAAAGACGGUGCAUCUGCAGUCACGGGCGCGGUACACCAGCGAGAUGCGGAGUGAGCUACUAGGCACGGACUCUGCAGAGCCUGAGAUGGACGUAAGGAAGAGAACACCCUGUCACACUCACUGAAAAUGGCAGACCAGAACCUGGAGAAGCUGAAGACAGAGUCAGAGCGGCUGGAGCAGCACACACAGAAGUCAGUCAACUGGUUCCUCUGGGCCAUGCUCAUUAUCGUCUGCUUCAUCUUCAUCAGUAUGAUCCUCUUCAUUCGAAUCAUGCCCAAACUCAAAUAAAGACCCCCGCCCACCU